UCAGUUUGCCCUGGUGGUGCAGGAGGGAAGCCGGGGCCACAGAUACUGUAGGUGUUUGUCAGUCACAUCCCGGAGCCCAGAGGAGCGCGCACUCAUUGCAGCUCAGCAGCGCGACCCCGUCCCACUGACACAUCUUUAUCCGCACCCGGCCGGACUAUGCGCCUCUCCUGCAUCUCCCCUGUAAUAAUUGCGCUACUGUGCGGCCUGCUGCCUCUGGCUUCCCCCGGGAACGCGGAGAAAUGGCCCGCUCAGAGCAUAACUCCCAGUGAUCCUGAAGAAAAUGACAGAAGCAUACAUAGCAACACAGUCACUAAGGAGACUAUUGAAAUACCAGGCUGGUCAUCAGAAACGAAGAAGACGAAAAUAUUGAUCAGCAACGCUACAAGCGUGAGACUAGAAUGCAAACUCUCCAGUGAUUCUGGUGAUUGUGACGUCGCCUGGCAACAUGGAAGUGAAAAGUUGCUUAAUGCCACUAAUACAUCAGAAAAUAAAUGCCACACAGUCUAUGAAUUCCAAUUAUCAGACCCUACAAAGAUUGGAACCUAUAGCUGUAUUUUUAACAGAAGUUCAGAAGUUAGAGCUGAGUUUCAUAUAACAGUACCUCCAGUAAAGGGUGCAGACAAACCCUUCGUUACUUAUAACGGAGAUUCCAUUGUCAUGAAAUGUGAUAGUUCCAAGUACAACCCAAUAGAAUGGAUCUGGUACAAAGUUAACGAAAGUGAAAAGGUUCAAUUAAAUAUGUCUCAAGGCUCAACCAAGUAUGUUCUUGAACACAAGCGAGCCAAUGAAACGAAGCUGCACGUUUCAGACCUAUCUGAGGAGGACGAUGGGACCUACAUUUGCAAGGCUGUUUUUAAAGUGGGAGAAAGUGAAGGCCACGUCAAGCUUAGUGUUCUCAGCUACAUGGUUCCUCUCAAGGUCUUUUUUAUAAUAGCAGCUGAAGUGGCCGUCCUGGUCACUGUUAUAUUGAUCUAUGAGAUGCAAACCAAAAAGAAACAAUCUCAGCCAGAAGAUCAGAAUGACACGGAGCAAGCGGAGAACCUAAAAUCAGAGGAAAGCGAUAGCGCUGAAACCAGCACUGCGAGGCAACGCAAAGUUUAACCCGCUGCAUAAAAUAUAAAGAAUCAUCUUGAUAAGGAGCCUUCAGUCAGAUGGCAAUACUGUCAAAUACAAACGACCCUCUACUUUCAUAACUCAAGUAAUUCCAUGUAUUGUAAAGAAAUCCUGGAUGAUGAGGUUACCAGAUGCAUUACCUAUUCCAACUAGCCUUAUUAUGCAUAUUCUUUCUCCUUGGCUUUAUCCAUGUAUAUGACUUCAGGGUUAGAGCUCUUUUAUGCAUUCUUCUUGUAUAUAGUAGCAAUUAUACUAGUUACUUACAUAAAUUAAUUAUUGAAGUACAGAUGGAACAAACUUCAAUGAUUGAAUGUGGUGCACCUUUCAUUUCAGUAUAGCUCUGUGUACCAGAUCUUCAUUUAAGACUGGUCUACCUAUAGCUUUGAUGCUUACACCCUGGCCUCACCAAGGGAUGCUUUCUUCAUAGUGUAACUAUAGCAAGGUGCAUUAGUAAAUGGAUACUUUCUGAACCUCCCAAGGUAUGAGGUUUCAAGAUAGUUUGGAAAUAACUGCUUUAUAGGUAAAUUGCUCAGGAACAAAGUCAGCAUUGACACAGCUUAAAUUGUGUGUGAGUUCAUGUAUGUUAUCUUAUUAUUUAAUACACAUCAAACAGCUCUGUAUACUGUGGUUUUGUAGUGAGGCUACUAUCUCAUGAACUUGCAACUUUUAAAAAUGCAGCUUCCUCCCUCCCUCCCCUCCCCUCCCUCUCUCCCCUCCCCUCCCUCUCUCCCCCUUCAUCCCUCCCAC